AUGCAUUGGACUGUAUUUUUACUUAGGGGUAUUGUGGGCUUCCUCUGGAGCGGCUGGGUUCAAGUGGGUUAUGCAAAAGGAGGCUUGGGAGACAAUCAUGUUCACUCCAGUUUUAUUUAUAGAAGACUACGGAACCAUGAAAGACGGGAAAUACAGAGGGAAAUUCUCUCUAUUUUGGGUUUGCCUCACAGACCGAGGCCCUUCUCACCAGGGAAGCAGGCGUCUUCUGCACCCCUCUUUAUGCUGGAUCUGUACAAUGCCAUGGCUAGCGAAGAAAAUCCUGAGGAGUCGGAAUAUUUGGUGAGGGUAUCCCUGGCUGGGGAGGCCAGAGAGACGAGAAAGGGAUACCCAGCCUCUCCCAAUGGGUAUGCGCAUCGUCUACACCUACCUCCAAGGAUUCCUCUGACUACCCAGAGCCCACCUCUUGCCAGCCUACAUGAUACCAACUUUCUGAAUGAUGCUGACAUGGUCAUGAGUUUUGUCAACUUAGUUGAACGAGACAAGGAUUUUUCUCAUCAGAGAAGGCAUUACAAAGAGUUUCGGUUUGAUCUGACCCAGAUUCCACAUGGAGAAGCAGUGACAGCAGCUGAAUUCCGGAUUUAUAAGGACAAGGGCAACCACCGAUUUGAAAAUGAAACAAUUAAGAUUAGCAUAUAUCAGAUCAUCAAGGAAUACACAAAUAGGGAUGCAGAUCUUUUUCUGCUAGAUACAAGGAAGACACAAGCUUUAGAUGUGGGUUGGCUUGUCUUUGAUAUCACUGUGACCAGCAAUCAUUGGGUGAUUAAUCCACAGAACAAUUUGGGCUUACAGCUCUGUGCAGAGACGGGGGAUGGACGCAGCAUCAAUGUAAAAUCUGCUGGUCUUGUGGGAAGACAUGGGCCUCAGUCAAAACAGCCGUUCAUGGUGGCCUUCUUCAAGGCAAGUGAGGUACUUCUUCGAUCUGUGAGAGCAGCCAGCAAACGGAAAAAUCAAAACCGCAAUAAAUCCAGCUCUCAUCAGGACCCCUCCAGGAUGCCCAGUGCUGGAGAUUAUAAUACCAGUGAACAAAAACAAGCCUGCAAGAAGCAUGAACUCUAUGUGAGUUUCCGAGAUCUGGGAUGGCAGGACUGGAUCAUAGCACCAGAAGGGUAUGCUGCAUUUUACUGUGAUGGAGAAUGUUCUUUUCCACUUAAUGCCCAUAUGAAUGCCACCAACCAUGCCAUAGUUCAGACUCUGGUACACCUGAUGUUUCCUGACCAUGUUCCCAAGCCUUGUUGUGCUCCAACCAAACUAAAUGCCAUCUCAGUCCUGUACUUUGAUGACAGCUCCAAUGUAAUUUUGAAAAAGUACAGAAAUAUGGUAGUACGUUCGUGUGGCUGCCACUAG